GAGUCUUGUGCGGAACAGCAGCAGCUCGUAACGGAUCGUCUCAGAAACUGUCAACGAAGUCGUCUCACUCUAGAGGAUUUUACAUUCUGUUUUAUUUUGUUCCUGUUGUUUCUGAUAAUCCAUCUGUUUGAGGAUGGCCAGCAGGAUGAAGCUGCUGCGGUCUGUGGUGAAGGCUGCAGCUCUGGCCAACGUGCCAAAACACAUAGACCACUUCUCAAAGUUCUCCCCAUCUCCUCUGUCAAUGAAGCAGUUCUUGGACUUUGGUUCAACCAAUGCCUGUGAGCGCACGUCGUUUGUCUUCCUUCGCCAGGAGCUACCUGUGCGUUUGUCCAACAUCAUGAAGGAGAUCAACCUGCUGCCCAACCGGCUGCUGGCCACACCCUCCGUCCAGCUGGUCCAGACCUGGUACAACGACAGCCUCAUGGAGAUCCUUGAGUUUCUGGACAAGAACCCUGACGACCACAGUGUCCUUGAGACGUUUGUGGAGGUCUUGGAGUCCAUCAGGAAUAGGCAUAAUGAUGUCGUCCCCACCAUGGCUCAGGGAGUUAUCGAGUACAAAGACGCCUUUGGCCAGCACGACGCCGUAACAGACCACAACAUCCAGUACUUCCUGGAUCGCUUCUACACCAGCCGCAUCUCCAUCCGCAUGCUCAUCAACCAGCACACUCUAGUCUUCAACGGGAACACAAACCCCGCCCACCCCAACACCAUAGGCUGCAUCCACUCCAUAUGUGAUGUAACAGAGGUUGUGCGAGAUGCCUAUGAGAGUGCAAAGUUGCUGUGUGAGCAGUAUUACCUGGGAUCACCAGAGCUGGAGCUGAGGCAGAUGAAUGCCAACAGCCUCAAAGAGCCUAUCCAGAUUUCAUACAUCCCUUCUCACCUGUACCACAUGGUCUUUGAACUCUUCAAGAAUGCAAUGAGAGCCACCAUUGAGAACCAUGAGGCCAGCAGGACCCUCCCACCUAUCAAAGUUAUGGUCGCCCUUGGUGGAGAGGACCUGUCCAUCAAGAUGAGUGACAGAGGAGGUGGCGUUCCUUUCAGGAAGACAGAGCGCUUGUUCAGCUACCUGUACUCCACAGCGCCCAGGCCUUCCAUAGGAGACAAACAUAGAGCCCCACUGGCUGGUUUUGGCUAUGGUUUGCCCAUCUCUCGGCUCUACGCUCGCUACUUCCAGGGAGACUUACAGCUCUACUCUAUGGAGGGUCAUGGCACUAACACUAUCAUUCAUUUGAAGGCGCUUUCUACAGACUCUGUGGAGAGACUGCCAGUUUAUAACAAGACUGCGCUGCGUCACUACAAGCUGACUUUGGAGGCAGACGAUUGGUGCAGUCCCUCAAAGGAGCCGUUGGACAUGGCUGUCUACCGUGCCACCAAGUGAUCCAGACGUGAUGCCAUGUGACUUUUGGCACAAACAUUGACAAGGCGACCAUUAAAUGUCCUUCAAAGGCAGGGCAUUGUUGGACCAGAACUAUAAGCCGGCAGUGGACAGGCGCAGAAUUGAUCAAGUGUGGCCAGGCAGAGAGAGAGAGAGAGAGAAAAGGCUGUCCAGAUCAUCCAGGAAUUUUCUUGAUUAGAGCGAGCACCUUCUUCCCAUAUCUUCCCCUGCUUUCUUUGCAUGUGUGCUGUAGAUAAAAGAAGAGAGAGGGCUGAUACUGUCAGUCGAGAUAUUGGACUGAGAAAGAGAGAAAGAGAGAGAGAUGUUGAGCUAAUGGCUAAUGAUAUACAGUGGCCAUUUUCUGCCAAAUAAUAGGAUUGUGAUUUAAAGGUUCAGAGUUUAGGAUUUAGUGACAUCUAGUGGUGAAGUUGCGUGUCAAAGCAUGAAGGAGAAACUAAUGUAGCCAUCAGACUGGGCUACUGUGAAAAACAUCCGUAGAGAAGACCUGUUCCCGAUAUAAAUAUAGAGUAUUUAAAUAUGAAGGGCCCAUUCUAAGGUAAAGGAAGUUAGUUAUUUAGAUAGUUUCCAUUUUAUCUGAAGUUACUGGUGUGCCGGGAGAAAGUUGACCCCACCUUAGCCAAAUUCGGCCCCACCUGACUAAAUUCACCAUGCAGCGUUGUCUUAAUGGUGAGGAGAGUCAGUGAUUACUGACUAUAACCACGAUAAACCUUUUUACUGUUUGGAAGCUGAAUUUUUUUUUUCAUUCUUUCAAAUCUUGGUUACGAACAGGUUUAAAGUGAUUAAUCGUUCAGCCCUAAACAUUGGAGAUAGAUGGUUUCAUUUUAAAAACCAUUUUGAAACAUUGUAAGCAUUCCAACUCUUUGCAAUAUCUCAAGCCUUUGCAUCAGUUCUAGCAUACAAACUGUUAAUAUACUUUCAAGAUCAGUUUUGUUUGAGCCGACAUGAUUAGGAAUCUGAUGGAAUGGGUCCGAAAGGGCUUCUCACAAGAAGUUUGAAGAACCUUGCUAAAUCAAGGACAGAUAACAGUACAAAUGUAUUUCAGCUUGAUAUUAAUGCACCACUUACCUCAGAAGAAAAAAGGCAUUUCACAUAAAUUAUAUUGUGUCUUGCUGUUCUUUUUAAAUAAAGAUGUUUUCAGUCUUUCAGUUUAAAGACGCCAUAGGAAGUUUCCCUCCGCUUGUACACUUAAACUAAAAAGUCCUUUUUGCUAUGAGAAAACAAAAUACCUCCUUACUUUGUGUGACUGUUUUUUUUUUUUCAGGGAAUCAUUCAGACAGGACACUGUGCUGAUUUUAAAUAAGUAUAUCUUGAACAAAUCAACUAUGUAAACCCUCUGUGGAAUUCCUGCAUUGUUGUUGAACAAAUGUUCAAUUGUCCAGAUACUGAUAGUACACGAGAAUUAAAGAUCAUUUAGUUAGAGUUUAGCAUGUACGUGUAUCACUGUCAGAGGGUUGUAUAAGCAUGUCUUCUAUUGACAAUUGUGGUUAUCCAUUAAGUAUCCCAACUGUGUGGAAAGUGUUCGCCUCAAUCAUUGAGUUGCAGAUGACCUGUAACAAAUCCAAACUGAAAUGUGCUUUUUGACUUUGUAUCAAAAUAACAACUCUGUGCUGUAUAUUGUGUCACAGAUACAGAUUGUGUGUGUCGCAGAAACUGUUAUUGUGUCUUUUUUCAAGUGCCUGUAUUCUAUUGUAAAUUUGAAGUUAACUGUUCAUAUUGGACUUAUUUUUUUAAAGAAUAUAUAAAUAAUUCUGAAAUGAUUCAAA